UUCAGCAAAUAAAACCAAGUUAACUCUGUGGAUGACAUUCAUUCUUUCUCCGGCUCUCUGGUGGGACUUUGCUGUUUUUCCUGCAGAAAGUGAGGCAUGGAUAUCCAGAUGGUCAAUUCCAUGGACUUUGGGGAGUUUGUUGAUGUUUUGGGGAACAUUAUAGAGAAAUGCCCCCUGAUUGCAGCAGCCAUCUGGUCCCAGCGCCCAUUCACGGACUUAGCUGAUUUAGAGAAGCAUGUGUUUGACUUUAUCGAAGCCCUUCCACAAUCAGGGAAAGAAGGGAUUCUGAGGUGUCACCCAGACCUAGCGGGCCGGGAGCUGCAGCAGGGAACGCUGACCCCGGAGUCCCAGCGGGAGCAGAGGGGCGCGGGUCUGAGCAAUCUGGGACCAGAGGAGAGACGCCGGCUGCGCGAGCUCAACUGCGAGUAUAAGGCGCGCUUUGGCUUCCCCUUUGUGAUCGCGGCGCGGCUCAGCGACAAGGCCACUAUGAUGAGGGAGCUGGAGCGCCGACUGCACAACCAGCCCGCCCGGGAGCUGCGCGCAGCCCUGGCUGAGGUGCGCAAGAUCUGCCACCUCCGCCUGGAGGACAUCCUGCGGUCUCCGGAGGACCCAGCCAAACUGUAGCACUCUAGCGGGGCGGGAGUAGGAGGGGGAGAAGGGGGGCGGUGACAGUGGGAGGAGGGCAACGGAGGAGCCUAACUUCAAGGUAGAAAAUAACCUUGUCCAGGUGCCUAUCCAAAAACAGGCUGCGAACUCACAGGUGAAGUGUGCGCAUCAUGAACUGAAUUGGGCAGUCGAGGCAACUACCCAGACACGUCCAACUCUCCAAUUCAAUGGGUCACAGUAGCCUGAAAUUUAGGUGGGCUUUGCAAGGAAUUAGCCAGUUUAUUAAUAAUGCGUGGAGACAAGAGGCAGCAUGGUGUAGUGGAGAACUGGUCUUAGCGUCAAGAAGACCUCUGUUGAAGUCUCAAACAUUUCUAUCUAUAGAUAUCUAUCUCAAACACCUCUAUGCAUCCCUGACUGUGUGACCCUGGGCAAGUCAUUAACCUCUCUAUAAGACUAUAAAUCGCAGAGUAAUUGCUGAUCUGCAUUGACAGACAUUUCUCUCACUGUGGGUUCUCUACCUUAAUGAAAUUAAAAGUCUGGACAGUUUUUAAAAGUACCAGAAAUAGUUAUAUAGUUCCUUUAAUAAAAAGCGUUUUCCUUAAGAAAAACCAUGCAAGGUAGAUGGUAGACAUUUGUUACUUUUUUUUUUUUUAACAGAUGAGCAAGCUGAUGGUCAGUGAGUUUGAGCCACACAGUUAAGGGGGGGGAGGCAACGAGGCGGAUGAAGUUAUCUCAAUUCUUCUUCUCUUUGAGCUUGUUGACACAAGACCCCAUGGAUUCUUAAGCUCUUAUCUUACUACGUAUUUUCCAACCUGCUCCCAGUAAUCCUGGUGGAAAAGGGAGGCUUUUUUUUCACACCCUUGUUCAUUUGUUUUUUCUUCCUCCUCUCAGACUUGCUAUACACUAGGUGUUUGCAUUUGAGGGGAAAUUUUGCUCUUUCCUUAGGCAUCCAACAACAACUGCUUUAACAGAAAAGGGCUUGCUCGUGGAUGGUGAGGGAGUGCUUAGAGUACUAUUUCAGAGGAUGGAGGAAUAAUGAUGAGAGAGAAGUGGGCUAGAAGGAAUAGCUGCCCUGAAGACUUGGGGGAAGGGAACUCCUGGGAGAACUACAGAAAGCCUUUGGGCUUAGUCGCUUUAGAGAGGCUUCUCUUCAAGAAUGGCUACUAGUUCAAGAGCUUGGUGGAUCUUGGGUAUCUGAGUUGUGUGGUUUCUGUAUGUCGGAGUAAGGAACCAGCCGCUUCUAAGCCAUUGUUCAAGGAUAGGGGAAUACAGGACUAGCUACCACAGUCACACUAUUGAACCUUUCUUCUGCUGUGCUCUAAAACACCAAAUGAAAUCAAUCAUUCAAUGAUUUUUAUUGAGUUUACAAGAUAGUGAGCUGGGCUUUGUUGGGAUACAUUUUUAACAUCUGCCCGAAGCCACACAGCUAAGAUCCUCAAGGAUCUUGCAAUCUAGAUAAUAUAAAGAAAUUGUUCUCCAGAAAAGUAUAUAUUGGCAGACCAAGUGACUCUCCUAAAUUAGCCAUUUUCGAAUGCUGAUUGCUCUCCGGGGAUUUGCUGCAUCUAGAACUAGAAUAAAAAGGAAUUCAUCAAACAUUAUGAACAAUUAAUGUGUUACCCACUAGGUGUUUUAUUCUUCCUGCUCUUCAGUCAGUCACCAAAUAUUUAUUAAGUACCUAUUAGUUGUCUAGCACUGUGCUAACAUGCCUGGCAAAGACAAUGUCUGGGGGGUGGCAUCGAGGAAGUAUAAACUCCAAUGUGGCUGAUGUGCCUUACAUUCAUGCCUGAGCUGGGCUUUGUUAGAAAUGGACCAGAAACUUGGAAGAAAGGCAAGGCAAGGUAGAGUUUACUCCAACCAUAGGCCCAGGAGGUGAAAGACAUUUAAUGGUCACAACAUCAUUGGAAAUUUUAACCUAUUCUUUGACUACUCCCCAAAUAACAAUAUCCCAUAACUCACAUUUGUUUCUGAUCUAAUUGGUUGAUUCCUAAUUCAGGAAUUUGUUUUUACUUGAUUAUGCAUAUUUUACAAGGAUUUUUAUUUUCUUUUUCAAUUUUGGGGAGGAGUUGAGACUGAGAGAAAAUUGUUUUUUGUUAGUUGGGGAAAAAAUAAAAUUAUAUCUCAUUUAAAAUCUUCAAAACCCUGUGAGAGAGGGAGGUCAACUAUUAGUUUCUCAGUUUGGGGGCCCAGUCUCAGGUUCAGUGGGUUGCCCAAAGUCACUUACCUAGUAAGUAACAGAGCUAGGGCUUCAAUUCAAGAAAAUCCAGUUCAGUACUCUUUCCACAAUAUCGUAUUUGUAGGCAGGUGAGUUGGAAGGUUGUCUUCCUUUCUAAGCUCUCUGAAAAUUGAAGUAGCUAUGAGUGUGCAUAACUUUCCCCUUACAUUGGAGCCCCAUCUUAGAACUGUAAGAGUAGGCAGUGAGACUAGUUAUUUCCAGCCAUAUCACAUAUGGACCUAACCUUCAUAGGGGUUGGAUAUUCCAGAGGCCAGGGCUUUACAGUGGCUUUCUACAAGACAACCUGACAGGUGAACAGCUGCCUCCAAAGCCUGAAGGGGAUUCAAUUGACCAGUUUUAAAUUUGGGGGGUUGGGAGUUUGAAACCAUUGCCCCAUGUUGUAUAAGGAAAUUGAUUCAUACCUAUUAAUAUUAUUUGAAAGCCUAACCACUAUAUGAAAAAUUCUCUAUUUUCCUUUUUUUGGCUUUCAAAAUAAGAUGCAAAUGAUAGGAUUCAAGCCAAAACUUCUGCACUCCUCCCCCUUCCCUUUUGAAAGCAUGGGUAUUGCACGAAUCUGGACCUUUCAAGGACCCAACCCAGGGUUUCCAAUGACCUUUCAUGAGUUCAAAGCCCAUCUAGAGGAAAUUGUUUAUUCAUGUUGACACCCCCACCCCAGUAGAACAGAAGCUGAAUCCAUUCCUCUCAGAGGAACUAAGAAACUCGGGAGACAAUAAUGCCUACUCUUGUCCCAGGGAUUGGGAUCUUCUCAUCCUGGAGGUUACCCAGCCGAGAGGUAACUCAGACAGAGCAAAGCCAGGUGAGUGAGGCCGGCAGAGUAGGCACUUAAACCCUAUUCCUGGGCGUCACCCUCCUGGUUGCAACACAACGGCUUCGGCUUAAAGAAUCACAGGAAAGUGUAUCUGUGAAAAGCUUAGAUACUAGACAAAUUCUCUCAUUACCUUACCUCCCCAUCUCUCCCUCCCCACUAACUCCUCCAUCUCUUAGAAGAAAUUGAGACUAUUUCUCUCUUGUUCUUGCUGGAGGUGCCAAACACUGAAAAUAGUCUCUGAUGACUAAGGCCAUAUUCCUAUAAAACACUUUCUUGCUUGGAUCCCAAAGUCCCCCUGGUAUAGUCCCAUCAUGUAUGUUCUGCUGGUAUCUGUUUUUAUGAUGCUUUCCCUUAUCUCUGUUUUUGUGUAUGUAGUAUGCACAAGGACUGGUAUACCACGCGCUAAAUAAAUGAAAAAUCAAUUAAGCAAAACAA